AUGGAUUCUGCAUUGCAUUCUGACAAUCAGAUUGGUUUGAAUGUUGGCGGUAAGAUCUACCUGACAACUCGGGACACCCUGACGCGGUACCCAAACAGUUUUUUUGCCAUCUUGCUAGACAGUGCUAUCCCUUCUGAUAAAGAUGCCCAAGGGAACUACCUGAUCGACCGGGAUGGCAAGAUAUUUCGCCAUGUGCUGAAUUUCAUGAGGUGUGGCGAACUUGUGCUACCACGUGGAUUUGAUGAGUUCGAUUUACUGGAACGUGAAGCCGACUUCUUUUUGCUCGAGGCGCUUAAAGAAGUGGCGCUAAGAAGAGAAGCUGCAGGUAGGUCGGUGGCCGGUAUGUCGGUGGGGAUUACGGUUGAAACGGUGCCCACUAAGAGCACGUAUAUGAUGACCAGAGAGGCGUUGAUGAGAGAAAAAGAAUCGUUCUUCACCGACAUGUUGGAUGGAGGGGAGCCAUUUCCUAGAGACAGACAAGGCAACUACGUCAUCAGUAGGAACAAUAGUCUCUUCCAUCAUGUUGUUGACUACCUAGUACGUGGAGGAAUCCUCAAUGACAUCACAUCGACAAGCAACUUGUCGGUCAUCGUGCCCGCUUAUCCAUCGAAAAGCUUUGGAAGGGAUAUCAAAUUGGUGAAGUCUAUGCUGGAGAAGUGGACCCUAAAAUAA